CUUCUGGGCAUCUCACCUCCCUUGAGCAACCCUGGACGAAACUUCCCUGAGGGGCCCAGGACAGGCCGAUAUGGUGCCAGGAAGAUGGAGAAAGGAUUUCUUCAGGUUGCACAGGAGGCAGACCUCGCUCACAGUCUGGCGAGACCCCUGAGGCCACAGCAGAGGUGAGGCAAGCCCAGCCCACACCUGGCAGGUGGCCAGGGAUGGGGCAGGUCAGGGAGGCUCCUGGUGGGGCUGUUGCAACAGGCCCAGGCAUAAAGGAGGGUCGUGCAGGUCGGGAGGAGGCAGACUGGGGACCAUGGAGACCCAGAGAGACAACCUCCCCUGGGGGCGCUGGUCACUGUUGCUACUGCUGCUGGGCCUGGCAGUGCCUCCAGCCGCUGCCCAGGUCCUCAGCUACAACCAGGCUGUGCUCGCUGCCGUGGACGGCUUCAACCAGCGGUCCUCGGAAGCUAAUCUCUACCGCCUGCUGGAGCUGGACCCGCCGAGGCCCGAUGCAGACGACAACCCCAACACCCCGAAGCCCGUGAGCUUCACACUGAAGGAGACCGUGUGCCCCAGGACGACCCAGCUGCCCCCGGAGCAGUGUGAAUUCCAGGAGAACGGGCUGGUGAAACAGUGUGCAGGGACAGUCACCCUGGGCCAGGCCAGUAGCUAUUUUGACAUCAACUGUGCGGAGAUUCAGGAUGUUAUACUGGGCCCGGCAUUGAGGAUUGGCGGGAGGAUUGCCGGAAGGAUUGCUGGAAAGCUUAUCGGAGAUGCUAUAAAUCGCCAUCGUGAACGGAAUCGUCAGCGCAGGGGCUGAGCGCCUGUUUGGCCCUGGGUCCAACUCUGGACGCUGAAAAAUAAAUCCUUGUGAAAGCAA